CUCUCUCUCUCUCUCCCAGCCGUGGACGGGGACCGCAUGGCCCGGCGGCUCUACAACAGAGUCGCACACACCGGACGGCAAGGGAGCCGAGCCGAGCCGGGACCCGGCAGCUCGACGUCGCGGUGCCCGGCUGACAUGCAGCUCUAGCUCCCGCACCGCGUCGUCGCCAUGGUGGAGGUCCCGGGCCGCCAGGGGAGGGGCGGCGCCGCCGCCGCCGCCCUGCCCAAGAAGAACCACAGCCCGGCCGAGGAGACGCUGUGGCGCUGCGGCUGGAGGUGCUUCUCCUGCACCACGGCCCUCGUCGCCUGCUGCUGCCGCUGCCGCCCCGCCCCGGGCCUCGCCCACGAGAAGUACCCGGGAGCGCCGCCGUCAGCGUCCCGGUCGGAGCGCGUGCUGCUGUGGGUGGGCGUCGUGUCGGUGCUGCUGGGCGCGUGCCUCGCCCUGUUCUGGCCGCAGCUGCUGACCCUGGUCGUGCACAGCGAGCUCAAGCUGACGCCGCGUUCCACGAGCUUCCGCGUGUGGAAGUCCACGCCCGUGCCGCUGACCAUCGACUUUUACUUCUGGAACUGGACCAACCCCCACCAGAUCGAGGACCCCGCCGCUGUGCCGCACUUCGAGCAGAUGGGUCCGUACCGCUUUCGGGAGACGAAGGAGAAAGUCAACAUCACAUGGAACGCCAACAACGGCACCAUUUCCUUCCGUCAGCUCAGGCGGUGGUACUUUGACGCCGCGAACUCCAACGGCACCCUCGCCGACAACGUGACGACCAUCAACGUGGUCGCUCUGACGGCGGCGCAUGUGGUGCGGGACUGGUACUACCUGGUGCGCCGCUCCGUGGCCCUGGCCCUGCGCUCCACCAACCAGAAGAUCUCCAUCCGCCGCACGGUGGGCCAGUUCCUGUUCGACGGCUACCAGGACCCGCUCAUCACCGUCGCGUCCACCGUCCCCGGGCUGGCCGGCAUCGCCAUCCCCAACUUCGACAAGUUCGGCUGGUUCUACACGCGCAACGGGUCCACCGAGUACGACGGCCUGUUCAACAUGGACACGGGCGCCAACGACAUCGCGCACCUGGGCGAGCUGCUCCGCUGGAACUACAACAACUUCACGCCCUACUACGAGGGCGAGUGCGGCGCGCUGCGCGGCUCGGCGGGCGAGCUGUGGCCGCCGGGCCGCGGGCCCCGGGACCGCGUGAGCCUGUUCGCGCCCGACCUGUGCCGCUCCGUGUCGCUGGACUACGCGGGCGCGAUGCGCGAGGCGGGCGUCGACGGGCUGCGCUUCGAGGGAGGCCCGCUCAUGCUCGACAACGGCGCGCUGGACGCGGCCAACGAGUGCUUCUGCGACGGCGAGUGCGUGGCCGGCGGCGUGGCCAACGUGUCGGCGUGCCGCUACGGCGCGCCCGCCUUCGUGUCGUUCCCGCACUUCCACCUCGCCGACCCGGCCUACCGCGCCGCCGUGCGCGGCAUGCGGCCCAGCGCCGACCGGCACAGCUUCUUCAUCGCCCUGGAGCCGACGUACGGCAUCCCGCUGGACGUGGCGGCUCGCUUCCAGAUCAACCUCAUGGUGCGGAGGGACCCCGACAUCUACAUGCUGGCCAAGGUCCCGCAGCGGCUCAUGUUCCCCGUGAUCUGGUUCGAGCAGCGCGCCGCCAUCACGCCGGAGCUGGCGGUGCCGCUGCGCCUGCUGCUGCUGCUGCCCGCCAUGCUCCUGGGCACGGCGGGCGCGCUGGCGGUGGCGGGCCUGGGCUGCCUGGCGGGCGCGCUGCUGUUGCGGGCGCAGCGCCGGCGUCGCAGGACCGACACCCUCGCGCUCGUCGCCUCCAUUGUGGGCAGGGGCGCGAGCCGCACGGGCUGCGUCCAGCCGACGACAAAGCCGCCCCUCUGCGGCAGCCGCGGCCUGCUGGCAUCCGGCGCGACCGGUCCCGGGGGCGCGAACCAGCCCCUGCUGACCGCGAGCGACGAGCCGGGCUCCGGGGGGACGAGCAGCCCCGUCAGAACAGCGCCCGCCCCGGCCGCCGCCGAGGACUCCGGCACACCGGAACCGGGCGAUCCGGACGAGGAGCCACCCGCCCGGGGAGGAACCGGAACACGGCGCAGCGACGACGAGGAGGAGGCCGUCCGGAAGGGGUCAAAGGAGGAGGAGGAGGAGGAGGCAGCCUCGAGGGUGGCGGAGAUGGAGCAGGGCGAUGAACUCGGAGGCCGGCACGCGCACGUGCGGAGGGGAAGCAGCGCCGCCCCGCUGGAGCGCUCCGGGGAGCAGGACAUUGUGUCGCAGGCCCCCGCGGCCCCCACGACAGUGAUCGUGGCCCCCGUGACAGUCAACGCAGACACGAGCCCGGGGCCGGGCUGAACGCGCAGCGCGCGGCGAGCAGGCCACGAGUGUCAAAAGGCGGGCGGAUGUCGGCGGCCUCGGGGACCUCGAAGAGCCCCUCAAGGCCGGGCCGGGCCGGGCGACAAAACCAUCAAAGCGAAGGCAAGAAGAAGAAGAAGACGAGUGCAACGCAGCGCCGUGCAAACAACAUAUAACUGGCCGUUAUCGAGCGUGCGCCCCGUAACCGCGCGCCGCGCUGCGGUGCGACCAGUGUGCGACGUGCGCGAGGCUGCCCGCGGGCCGCGCCGCCCGUGACGCAUGCGGCGUGGAGGACGCCCUCGUUGUCGUGUGAGCCGAAUCGGUGCAGCCGGCCAGCCGCGGCCCGGGGCCCGGGCGGGCGGCGCGUCGACCCAUUUGCGAUAUUGCUUAUCAUCUUCUUUUCUAUCAUCUCAAUUUUUACGUCCAAGUUUUUUCACCAGAGACCAUAAAAAUAAAAUCGAUACGAAACGAG